GUCUGUCUAGAAGCAGUUACCAGCGAGAAAUUCUCGAUUUCAAUUUAGAGUAUUUUUAGGCGGUUCUGGUUUUUAAAUUUACUUGCAUUGUCCAUUUAAAAACUCGCAUUUAGGUAAUCUAAUUCGUAAAUAAUAAAAAUGAAGUACCUGUGCAAAUUGUUGCUGAUAGUAUUCUGUCUCCUGAGUUCAACUAGACAUGUCAAUAGUGCUCGAAUAUUGGCAGUGUUCCCUCUGGAUGUAACGAGUCACUUUAUUAUGUUCGACGUCGUAGUGAAAAGUCUCGCCGAUGCUGGGCACCAAGUUGACGUGUACAGUCAUUUUGCCCAGAAGAGAGCAUACCCGAAUUACACGCACACAAGUAUCGGAGAUAUUAGUCAAACCACAGCGAAAUUAGGUUUGACAUACGACGUCAUCUAUAAUUAUAGAGGUACGAAAGAUGCCUUGAUUGAAUUGGCUGGAAACAUGGGCUGCCAAUUAUUAGGACACCCUGAAAUGCAGAAGUUGAUAAGAAAUCCACCGACAAAUCCGCCCUACGAUCUUGUCAUUACGGAAUCAUUCUACGGUAGCUGCUGGUAUGCCUUUGGACGACACUUGAAAGUCCCGCUGGUUGCUCUUUCCUCCAGAUCAUUACUGACGUUCUCCAACGCGCCGAUAGGAAAUCCUCAGAAUACGGCAUUCGUGUCAGAGAUCACGGAUGGCUCGAUUCUGUACAUGAAUUUCUGGCAGCGUUUUAAGAAUACGUUUAGCGCGCUAUGGAGAAACCAUGAGUUCAAUUAUCAUACAGAGGUGCAAAGUGACAUCGUGAAAAAGUACUUCGGCCCGCAUAUGCCAGGCGUUAGGGAACUUGAGAAAGACGUAGCUCUCAUUUUGGUCAACUCACAUCACGUACUGAGCGGAAUUCGCCCAUUGACCCCUGCUGUGGUUGACAUUGGUGGAAUACAUGUAAGCGAUGACGAUACAGCACUACCGACGGACUUAGGCAAGUGGUUGGAUGAUAGCAGACAUGGCUUUAUCUACUUCACCUUCGGAUCAAUGAUCAGAAUCGAGUCCUUCCCCAAAGCUAUGCUUGCAGAACUUUACGCAGGGUUCGCCAAAAUAGCGCCCGUUCGCGUGCUGAUGAGAAUAUUGGCACCCGAAGAUCUGCCACCUAAUUUGCCGGAUAAUGUGCUGACUAUGAGAUGGGUUCCGCAGAUUAAAGUGUUAAAACACAAAAAUAUACGGGCAUUUGUUACGCAGGGUGGUGUGCUGAGCCUUCAGGAAGCUCUGACCUUUGCAGUUCCGAUUAUUGGAAUCCCGAUUUUAGCGGACCAGCCAGUUAAUGUAAAAAAUUGCGUGGAACGUAAAAUCGCUGUAAUGUUAGAUUACAAGAGUUUCACGGCAGAAAAGUUUGUCGAGGCGGUAAAUGCCACGAUCUACGACCCACGGUACAAGCAGAACGUGGUUGCUGCAUCCGAGAAGUUUUUGGAUCGACCGUUGAACGCCCGGGACACUGCAGUUUACUGGAUCGAGUACAUUCUCAGACACGGUGGUGACUCAUUGCGAUCGCCCGCGUUAAAAUUGACGUGGUGGCAGGUUGCCUUGCUCGAUGUUUACGGAUGCAUUUUUAUAGCAGUGCUAACAGUGCUCUACUUAGCUAGACUAAUUCUCUCGGCGCUUUUACGUCAAAUUAUCUGCGUAGCAAAAAAAAUUCCGACCUCGAAGAAGACGAACUGAGGAAGAAAAGAAUAAUUCAACGAAAGACUAGGAAAUGUAACUGAAUAACGUUAUGUUAAUGAAAAGUAACCAAAAUAAUUAGUUUGCAGUGAAUCGCCGUAACACGUAACAAGGGCCGUAGUUAUCGACGCGUAAAAAAUGACUCGGUGAAAAGAUUAACUGUCUUGAAAACCAGUUGGCGACGGUUUGAAUAAAUCUCAAAAUCUUGAAUAAGUUAAUGUCGCGAAUUUUUUUACACGUUUUUAAUGAGGCAUCAAUUGAAGAUAUUGCUCGAAAUAUAUUGUGUCUUAAAAACGAGCUUUUAAAAUUGAUUUUACUUUAUUGUUCAUUAUUUUAUUUACAUUGCUUAAAAAUACAUUUGUGAAAUCUGUUUUACUGGGAAACGAUAAUCUUAAUUAAGCAAUAGGAGAGGGUUGGAUAAAGGAUCGGUCGUCUUCUAAAUGCAAAAAAAAACCAGAUUCCGAGGGUGUGCAAUUCGUUGCGAUUGAAUAGUGACGUGAAUUUUUUCUCAAAUAAAAACACUAAUCACCACUAAAA